CUCAAAUUUAGGGCGCGGGCGCAGCAAUGGCUUAAUCCGGAUGUUAACUUGGAAUGAACUCGGUGACUCUCUCAAUGUCUUCUCGGGGCCGACAUUUCAAUUUGAACGAUGCCGGCCGAAACUCAGUCAUGGAGUUAGAUGGCGUCAAAGGCUGUAGGAAGAAGAAGAUGAUGAUCCGCUUCAUAAAUUUAUCGAUUACGCGAGGUCUUUGAUAUUAUUUGAAGACGAAGAAAACUUCGAUCCUAAUGUUAAUGGAACGGAGACCAAUGCGGCCGGUUGGAGUUUGAUCGCCUCCCGGUUCCUCAGAACUUGUAUCGCCUACUCGAGUUCUGUUACCGCUGCGAUUUUGCUAUUUGAGCUCUCGCAGGAUUGAAUCUAUUGGUCCACUGGAAAUUUAUGAGAAGAUUAAUGGCUUGCGGAUGAUACAAAUCAGUCUUGUUGAUAAUGAUGAUUUCAAUUUAAAGUUUAUCGGGGGGUGAACAGGGGUUACUAGCCAAUAUUAUAUGCUUGGAGGCUUUAUGGAUUGAGAAUCAUGUUGGAGCUUCUUUUGUCAACUUUAGCUGCUUGCCAACAUUGUUUUCUCCUGGUCUUCUUAAACUUUCACGACUUUCUGAUCUUACGAAGCAAUACUCAUGGUACAAAGGUGAAGCUUUUUCUUUUUCCUUCUCGUUCUUUCUUUGUCUAUAGUAUGUUAUGUGUGAUGAGGAACUUUUCAAAGUGGAAAGGUUUCAGAUUUCUUUCCAUUUACCAGGACCACUAGAGAGCUCUAAUCGCCCAUCCCCAAUAGGCCACCUCGCUGAAAGGAUUUAUGGGAGCCGUACAUCAAUAUCCUUUGGAGAUCAAGUGAGGCAAAGCUCCGUACCUUUGUUGCUUAGAAGCAGCAAAGUAGGGAUUCCUCAUUCUUAUAACGUAAUAUAUAAACAACAAACGUUAGGAGAGAGACAAAUGACCAAUGAAGUUUCUCUUUUUGCAACCUUUAUUGGGAAUCUAGGGAAAAUUAGGCUUGAUAACGAUUUUAUUACUGAUUUCUGUUUUUGAAAAUUAUGUUUGGUUCCUCUUAAUUUCUUUAUUAUGGAUUUAGAAACAUAAUAGUGAAUUGAAGGAGGAAGAUCGGCAGAUGUGGAAAUAAUGACUAUUUUGUUAAUGAUCCACUUUCAUGGGAGAUUACUUUGCACUUGUGAAUAAUGCUUCAUUCAGGAACUAUCUUUUUAGCAGUGGCUGCUGCAAGACGGCAAAAGGUAUUGUAAAGACCUACAGGGCAUCACCAGAUUUUAAGCCCUCUUAAGCGCCUCUUUCUUGGCCGCCGCCGGGAAGAUGGAUUCAUCAAGAGCACUGUCUCAUUCGAUUGAUGUUCCGGCGACCUCACAAGGAAGCUCUGAGGAAGAAUCUCUCCUAUCUUCCAUUGAAGGAAAAUUGGAAGCCUUCUGUUCAUCCAUUACCAUCUUCAGAGCUCCAAAUGAAAUCAGUAUCGAAGAUAGAAACGUCUUCGUCCCUGCCAAAGUCUCAAUCGGUCCUUUCCACCACGGCGCGCCACAUCUCGAAUCAAUGGAAAAUCUUAAGUGGUGCUACUUGUCCGCUUUCUUGAAGAACAAUCCGUCCGUCGAUUUACAAUAUCUUGUUGAACUCGUUGUUAAAUCUGAGAGCCGAUUGAGAAAAUGCUAUGAGGAAGAGUUUUAUGGUUUCGACAGCGAUAAGUUUUCGCAGAUUAUGUUGCUUGAUUGCUGCUUCAUUCUCGAGCUGCUUUUGCGAUUCUCGAAAAAGAGGCUCAGGCGACGGAAUGACUCUGUUUUCACUACUCCUGGUUUGCUCUUCGAUUUGAGAUGCGACUUGAUGUUGCUUGAAAAUCAGAUUCCCUACUUCCUUCUCAAAGACGUUUAUGAAAAUGUGCAAGAUCCGACCGAGGAAAAUAUGUCUCUCAAUGACCUAACCUUCCGAUUCUUCAAAACUAUGGUUGCUGGAGAUCGGCAAUUAGUUUACGACAAUUUCAUGGUGGAAGCAGAUCAUCUACUCGAAAUGGUUCACUCUUGUUUUCUCUCCACCUAUCCUCGAGUGGAGACGAACGACAAAUCGAAGUCGAAAGAAUUACCUACUGCGUCGAAGCUUAAAACUGCGGGAAUCAAAAUCAAGAACGCCAGAUCUUCAAAGAGCUUAUUAGACAUCAAAUUUCAGAACGGCGUCCUCGAAAUUCCACCUCUCAAGGUGUAUCAGAAAACAGAGGUGAUUCUGAGGAAUCUCGUAGCGUAUGAGAUCCAUCAAUCCGGAAGCGACCGGCAAGUGAAAUCAUACAUCAAUUUCAUGAGCCACCUUCUCCAGUCAGAUCAAGACGUGAAGAUUCUCUAUAGAAGAAAAAUCCUAAACGAUCAGGAGGACGACGAGGAGCAGAUUAUUCGAAAUCUGAAAUGGAUGAGCGAGAGGGAAAGCUUAUCGGGAACGUACUUUGCCGGCAUUGUUCAGAAACUAAACGAGAAGCCGGACCGAUGCGUCGCACGGUGGCGGAAGUUGAGAAGGACUCCAGUGGCCAUCGGCAUCGUCGCCGUUUUGGUGGUGGUUGUGAUCUUCGUCGCGGCCUUCUUCUCUGCAUUUUCAGUACUUCAGCGUCGUUACAAAUGAGCAAGGAAUGCAAACACGACCAUUUAUAUACGGUUUUAUGAUCAUAUUGAUCAACUUUCAAUUUAGAAAUCACUCCCUAAACUUCCAUUAUUUUACGUUUUUUACCCUUCACUAUUGCAAAAUACAUUUUGACCUAUAUUGAAAAUAAUGAAAUCACUGAGUAAUAAAA